UCCCAUGUUAUUAGUAUGUUAUUAGUAUGUUUUACUGGUAUAUAUGGCGUUCCAUGUUAUUAGUAUGUUUGACUGGUAUAUUUGGCCAUGCCUUUAACAGAAAGGUAGCCAAUCAACUAUUAGUAUGUUUGACUGGUAUAUUUGGCCAUGCCUUUAACAGAAAGGUAGCCAAUCAACUAUUAGUAUGUUUGACUGGUAUAUUUGGCCAUGCCUUUAACAGAAAGGUAGCCAAUCAACUAUUAGUAUGUUUGACUGGUAUAUUUGGCCAUGCCUUUAACAGAAAGGUAGCCAAUCAACUAUUAGUAUGUUUGACUGGUAUAUUUGGCCAUGCCUUUAACAGAAAGGUAGCCAAUCAACUAUUAGUAUGUUUGACUGGUAUAUUUGGCCAUGCCUUUAACAGAAAGGUAGCCAAUCAACUAUUAGUAUGUUUGACUGGUAUAUUUGGCCAUGCCUUUAACAGAAAGGUAGCCAAUCAACUAUUAGUAUGUUUGACUGGUAUAUUUGGCCAUGCCUUUAACAGAAAGGUAGCCAAUCAACUAUUAGUAUGUUUGACUGGUAUAUUUGGCCAUGCCUUUAACAGAAAGGUAGCCAAUCAACUAUUAGUAUGUUUGACUGGUAUAUUUGGCCAUGCCUUUAACAGAAAGGUAGCCAAUCAACUAUUAGUAUGUUUGACUGGUAUAUUUGGCCAUGCCUUUAACAGAAAGGUAGCCAAUCAACUAUUAGUAUGUUUGACUGGUAUAUUUGGCCAUGCCUUUAACAGAAAGGUAGCCAAUCAACUAUUAGUAUGUUUGACUGGUAUAUUUGGCCAUGCCUUUAACAGAAAGGUAGCCAAUCAACUAUUAGUAUGUUUGACUGGUAUAUUUGGCCAUGCCUUUAACAGAAAGGUAGCCAAUCAACUAUUAGUAUGUUUGACUGGUAUAUUUGGCCAUGCCUUUAACAGAAAGGUAGCCAAUCAACUAUUAGUAUGUUUGACUGGUAUAUUUGGCAUCCCAUGUUAUUAGUAUGUUAUUAGUAUGUUUUACUGGUAUAUAUGGCAUUCCAUGUUAUUAGUAUGUUUGACUGGUAUAUUUGGCAUCCCAUGUUAUUAGUAUGUUAUUAGUAUGUUUUACUGGUAUAUAUGGCAUUCCAUGUUAUUAGUAUGUUUGACUGGUAUAUUUGGCCAUGCCUUUAACAGAAAGGUAGCCAAUCAACUAUUAGUAUGUUUGACUGGUAUAUUUGGCAUCCCAUGUUAUUAGUAUGUUAUUAGUAUGUUUUACUGGUAUAUAUGGCAUUCCAUGUUAUUAGUAUGUUUGACUGGUAUAUUUGGCCAUGCCUUUAACAGAAAGGUAGCCAAUCAACUAUUAGUAUGUUUGACUGGUAUAUUUGGCAUCCCAUGUUAUUAGUAUGUUAUUAGUAUGUUUUACUGGUAUAUAUGGCAUUCCAUGUUAUUAGUAUGUUUGACUGGUAUAUUUGGCCAUGCCUUUAACAGAAAGGUAGCCAAUCAACUAUGCAUAAACAAUCUUUUUUGUUGCUGAAAUAAUGUAGUCGUUGAAAAUCAAAGCUUUAAAUGUCCCUGACCAGUUAGUGUUGUGUAAUGGAACAUACUAUCGUUGCUGUGGUGAGGAAGGAUUUGGGGAGAGAAACUGGAAGCCUGUCUGUGUUACAGAGUCCUGUCUAUACAGACACCAUGCUGAUCCUGAACAGAUGAAAUACAACUCUUCAUGAUA